CUUUCCUUCAGUUAAUUGUUUCUUCACUUAAUUGCUUCCAUUGCUUCCUCAGUUAGUUAAUUGCUACGAAAACUUCCCUUUUAUUAAAGAUAGAUAUCCUCUCAAUAUGACUGUCAACGUACCAUCCUCUCCAGACUCGAAUGGCUCCGCCCAGACUUGGUUCUCUCAAAUCAAAAGGGAUAUACAAGCAGCAACUGAAUAUAUGGAGCUGAGAUAUGAUAAUAUCUCAGUAGAAAAGGGAGCGUUAUUGGUAGAAUCACUUUCGGAAGAUCCUGACAUUGAGAGACGCAAUACGCGAUUCAGUUAUAACUCGUUAAUCAAAGUGCUCAACAUUUUAAUCAUGCCUACAGAAGUCCAUGAUGUUCAUCAACAUUGGAUCGGCGAAGAAAAACUGGAUAUGGUACUUGCCGGAUUCUUAACUCCCGCAGAAGGUUAUGUGUUGACACUUGGAGUUGGCACAAUUAUUGAUCAUUUCAGGGGACAGUAUACCGGUUCCUUCAAGGCACCUGAUAUGCUUAUACGUUAUGAGCUUCAACCACUACCUAGUAUCGCGGUAGAAUCCGGAUGGGCAGAAUCACUGCCUCGUCUCCACGCAGACAUACGUCUGUGGCUUGAGGGUGGACAGCCAGAUGUUUAACUUGUCAUUGUCCUCUGUUGGACUAAGAUGUCUGGAGCGCCCCUGCAACGCAUAAAAGGGAUCUUCGAAAUAUGGGAACGAGAUGCUGGUAACUCUCCGUAUCUUAAGUAAAAUGGGGAUAUCUUCCUAACGCUGGCAAAUGCAGCUACCCAGGUA